UUAAUAGUCUAAGUCAUCAAUAAUUCAAAUUAUUUUUAAGAUAUUGAUCAUGAUGCGUUUGUUUAAUCGUUCUCAAAAAUUCGAAAUAAGUAAACGGAAAUUCAAUAAAAUUGAUAACAGAUUAAGUGAAAAGUUCAAAAAUGAAGAUAGAUAUUCAUCUGCUUUUUGGAAGAAAAAAGAUAAAACAUUCAUUUGUCAAAUUCUCUUACUUGAUGGAACAGAUAUAAAAUUAACUAUAAAUAAAAGGGCAUACGGGGAAGACCUGAUGGAAAAGGUGUUUUUACAUUUAGAUCUCAUCGAAAAGGAUUACUUCGGGCUACAGUUCAUGGACCAUUUGCAAGUUUCGCAUUGGCUCGACCCUACAAAAUUAGUCAAAAAGCAAGUUAAAAUUGGUCCUCCUUACACUCUUAGUUUUCGCGUCAAAUUUUAUUCCUCAGAACCGAACAAUUUAAGGGAAGAAUUAACGAGAUAUCAAUUCUUCCUCCAGCUCAAGAGGGAAAUAUUAACUGGCAAAUUACCAUGUCCUUAUGAAACCUCCGUCGAAUUAUCUGCUUACGCCUUACAAUCCGAACUUGGUGAUUACAGUGAAGACAUCCACACUCCCUCCUUUAUCUCGGAAUUCAGAUUCGUUCCCGAUCAAACGGAACACAUGGAAUUGGACAUCAUAGAGGCGUACAAACAGAAAAAGAAUCAAACACCCGCCCAAUCCGAAACGAAUUACCUAAAUAAAGUCAAAUGGCUGGAUUUAUACGGAGUCGAUUUUCACACUGUUUUGGGUAAAGAUGGAUUUGAAUACAGUCUUGGACUUACGCCUAGCGGUGUUCUAGUUUUCGAGAGGAAGCAAAAGAUCGGAUUAUUUUUUUGGCCAAAAAUCAAUCGAUUUGACUUCCGGAACAAGAAAUUGAUAUUGGUUGUCGAAGAGGACGAGUACAUGUCAGAAGACGAAAACAAUGACAAUCAAAAUUACGAAAAUGACCAACCGGUCAUGGUCAAGAAGGAGCACACAUUCGUUUUCAGGACCCAUAACUACAAAGCCGCUAAACAUCUGUGGAAGUGCGCCGUUCAAUAUCAUUGCUUUUUCCGCCUUUUGCAUACGACCCAAAAUGCCGAACCAGGAAAAACGUCCCACCACACUUAUCAAAAAAUUUCUCAAGUCAACGACAACAAUUUCUUCAGGAUGGGGUCGCGUUUUAGAUAUAGCGGUAAAACAGAAUUCCAAGCCACCUUUCAAAACAAGGCUAGAAGAUCGGUUCAGAUAGAAAGGAAACCCAGCCAGAGAUACUCAAGGAGACCAAACGUUAAAUCAUCCGCCCCGAAUUCUUCAACGCCAGGCGCGCGAACUGUUCUAUCUCCCGUGACCUCAAAUGCAAAUAAUAGUCCCGCCAUUAUUAAAGACAAUAUAUUAAGCAACGAAGAUUGCAGUUUUUCCGUUCUUUCAUCCUCUCCAAAGUUACUCAAGAUGAGUCCCAUUAAAAAUACGGAAAAUUCUUUACUUAUUAAUAAACCCAUUGAAACGAAACAAAAUUUUGCCCUUAAUACCAGUAAUGAUGAUAAUAAAGAUACUAGCGUUUCAAUGCUCAAAAUCAGUCGGGAAAAGAUGGCUACCACUAAAAUAGAAAAAAAGGGGGAUAGAAUCGGCGGCGAUACCAUAGAAAUAAUUGAAAGGAAAAACAAAAUCAAUUAUUCUCAGCCCAAAGAAAAUUUCUUUGAAAGUACCGCGAUCGCUAGGGAAAUUAUAACCGAUAAAACUGAGAAGCCGAGACUGACUCUUACUACCGAUGAUAAGAAAGAAAAGGUCAUGUUUGCGGAUCUUAAAUACGCGAAAAUCGAGCCGGAGGAAGAUAUUUACAUAAGCAUGCUACCAUCAUCUCCUGCUUCCAAAAAGAAAGAUAGCAACCAGUCGUCCAUGGAUAGUAACCUGAUUAGCCGGCUUACCACUAAACCUUUAUUCGCUAGUGACAAAGAUGACGAGAGUCAAAAUAAGGUUCCAGCCAGUCUUAGUUCUUCCUCGAGGGAUAAACUUAUUAACUCCCCAUUACCCGAGAUCAAGGGUAUUGCAACAACCAAUACUAUUACUAAUAAUAAUAAAAAUUCCCUUUUAGGGAUAACCACCCGUUUAGAUGCAAAAAAAUCGUCACAAACGGGGGAAAGGGAUUGUUUACUUGAAAACGAAGAUAAAACCGACACGAGUUUAGGUCACGAUCUGAUUAGGAUUACAUGUUCACCCAGAAAUACUAAAAGAUUGUUAGACGAUUACGACUGUUUAUCGGGCAAAUCUAAUGGACAAGCAUUCGAAACGACAAAUGGUCCAACUACACCUGACGAAGAAAAAGAAAUAAACCCUAGCUCACUCCCGAUGAAUUGGGAACUUCAUGGAAGCCCAAGGUCAGGCCAACUCAAAUAUUCUUCUCCCAUCAUGCGGCGGAACGAAUCAAAUUCCUCCUUACAUCGUAAUAAGAACGUGAGAUUUAACCCGGAGAUAGUCACUAUAGCUCGCCCGGCCUCCUCUCUCUACAGCAGUUUGAGCGGCGAAGAUUCGUGCUCCAACAACCGCGUCAACCAAAUCGAUAACUCCGAAAAUUCCGAGGACAGUCCCGUCGAUGACGAGACAAAUGAAACCAUCUCUCUUCCUAAGCCUCAAAAGACUUUAACGACAGAAAGCAUUGAAUUCAACGCACCUAGAGAACAUUCCACAAAUCUUAUCGAUAACACUGCUGACCACGCAAAACUUUUAAACGGUCAUCAUAUUGCCUCUAAUAAUAAUAAUAAUGCUGUAAAUAGAAAAAUUUUGAUGAUAACUGAUAUAUGAAACGAAUAUAUUUUUUUUGAAAUAUAUUUUGUAUUAUUAUUAUUUAUAGAUUUCUAGUGCUAAUUUUUCUUUUUAGUUGAUUAAUUUAUCCUAAUCCACCCCUCCCCCCUUUUAGGAAAUGGGAACCAUCACAUCAAAUAUAUCACAUUCCAAUUCAUUCUGAAAUUUUGUUUAAAAAAUAUAUUAUUUGCUCUUUAAAUUUUAAAAGUUAGUUACACUAUAAUUAGAAUUUGUUGUUCAUGACAUUUGUAAAAACUUGCAUUUAUUAUUUAAAAUUACUAAAGCUUAAAAAAGCACCUUAAAUAAACCCAGAUUUAUAUUUUAGUUUAGACCCAAAUAUUUAUCAUUUAAGCUUGGCGAUCUCCAUUUUUUUUCCAAUAUUUUUUAAGCACCCUUUUAGGGAUCGGUUU